UCGGUUGUCAGUUGAAUUUGAUCAGUAGCACGGUGCUCACGUACAUCUGGGCUGCAAGUGUGUUUUUGUUGUAUCCAUAUAAAUUCGAUGUGAACAGUUUUUGUUUUGUGUAACAAAAACACAACAAUUGAUUAAACAGUUGGUGGAAAAAAGAAGCCGAGAUAAAUAAAUAAACGCAUUGAAUUUGUUUUGUCUGUUGUCAUUAGAAAAUAAACGCAUUAACAAUCAAUUAGAAAUGAGUGCCGUUGACGAAAUCAUCAAUUACCAAAGAAGCGCCGAUGAAGAUUUCUACGGUCUGUUGAAUUGUACUGAACAAGCCACCGUUGAACAAAUUCAAGCGGAGUACAAGAAAUUGGCGCUGGAAUUACACCCGGACAAGAACAGCGGUGAUAAAGAAGCCGAAGCCAAAUUUCAGAAGAUUCAGGAUGCCAAAGAGACUCUGCUCGAUCCAGCAAAACGUGCCAACUACGACAAAUGGAAAAAUAGUGGCAUCAAAAUCAGUUACAAAAACUGGCUGGGAAUGAAGGAGCAUGUACAUCAGUCAAUGCAUUGGGCCACACCAAAAACCAAGGACCGCAUGUUACCAGAUCAACAAGGAGUGUCAUCAACUGGUUUAUCAGCUGGUCAACCGAAUCCGGCUCAUCGUCGUGCAUCAGAGGGUGGCGCUGCAUUGUAUUUUGGUAAUCGCAAAACCGAAUGGGGCACCGAAAAUUCGGAUGUGGCCAAUAAAUUUCGUAACUAUGAAAUUUAAAUCAUUAUCAUUCAGUAUAUGCUCAACAAUUUUUAUUUUUAUCCAAUCAUUUAUUUGGUAACCAUUUAUUGAUUUUGGCCAAUUACUAAUUUUAAAGUGCUCAUCAACACAUAAAUUUAUUCAUCAUUAUUAUUUCGGUUCGGAUUGCAUAAUAUUAUUGAUAUCUAGAAAAUUUAAAGCUAAUUAAAUUCAACGCAAUUUGAUCAAUAUUAUUAUUUAAAUAAAAACCAUCAUCUCUCUUCCACUUUUCACCACCAAGAAUCAGUAUUUUGUUUUCACAUUUUCAAUCAAACCAUAUUAUUAUACAGAAAUACAACCGAAACAAAAAGGUUUCGCAGUCUAUUCAAAUUUCAAUAAUUAUAAAAUUCCAUGAUAAUGAGAUGAUGUAGAGUGAGUAGAAAGUCAACUAUAUAUUGGAGUGAAUGAAUGCAAUCAGGAGGAAGAACCAAAUGCAACCAAAAGACAUUUCCGAUUCUAUGUGUUAACAAAAACUGUUUAAAUUAUAUUACUGCUUAACAGAGAAAUUAUAGACAAAAAUGUUGGUUUAAAAAAGCUUAACUUAUUCAAUGUCAUGUUGUAUGGUGCAUCCCGUAAAUAAUUAAUAAAAGAUUAUGAAGUCACAAAGUCGUAUUUGAUAUAAUUAAAUACAUAAAAAAAACAAAAAAAAUGUAUUUUUAGUGAAUAGCACAAUAAAAAUAGAACAAUGAAGGAAGAAACAACAACAAUGCUUGACAAACUGACUCAUUUAAGACAAACAAAAAAAAAACCAAAAGAAAAAAAUUGUAGAUUUGCUGCUCGAACAAUUUCAAUCAAACAUUGUAAAUGUUUUUUUUUGCGAUUUUCUAUCUUUGUUGCAUCAGUUGAAAGAAGAAACAAACAAUAUUGAUACACACGAAAAAAAUGCUUUGCAUAAGGACUAUAAACAUAUUGGCGAAAUUGAAAUGUGAGAAUUUUUCGAAUCUUUUAUGUCGAUUUUCCAUUGAAAUGACACGUAAAAGAUGUGAAAUGGCAUUUUUCAUUCAAUAAGAAUGAAAUGAAAUUUGAAAAGUUUGUCAAACGUUUGAAUGGAUUAAAUCAAGCAUGCACAUGUUCAUUUGAAUGAAUUUGAUCAAACGGUCUAUUUAUGCAUUCGAAAAAUGCCAUUUUGCUUGCAAUUUUUUUUUAUGUUGGAAUUUUUAUUUUGAUCCCUGCAAAAUGCAUUGAUGAUGAAUGAAUGUUUUGAUGUGAAUCCAUGCAAAAUAACAAAUCGAAAAAUUUAUGAAACUACAAAAACGAACACAAGAAAAAACUGCUCAGCUCUCCUUCGACGAUUGUUAUGCCAGUCAAAAGAUCAGGAAUCAUCAAAUGCAAAAUUCUCAACGUUUUAAUUUCAACAAUGCGUCACGCAAAUGGAUUUUUUUAAAAGAAAAAAAAAGAAUCAAUUUUAAAUAUAUUAUUGAGAUAAAAAAAAACAAACACUUAGUUCAUAAAUUGGUUUCCCAUUUAUUGCAAUUCGUACUUGUAAUGCCACAAUAUUAAAAACAUAUUACAAACACAUACACUUUAACUAGAAAAACUGAUGUCAAUCUUUGUCUAGAUGUGAAUACAAAACAAUUUUAUGUGUGAAUAAAUAAAAUGAAGUAAUCUUAGCCCUGUAUUGGCGCAAAAUUAAAACUUUUUCUUGUCACUUCGAUUUAUUUGCACUGUUUUACACUUUUCAAUCAUCUGUAUUGAUUUUAUUUUUAAUAUAUCCGUGUUCAGGACACUUUUUUCAAUCCGAAUUUCAAUGUUCCGAAUCUAAUUGGUUCGUUAUAGCUGGACUUUGGGUGCGCGCAUUGUGCAUUUACCACAUAAUAAAACCACCAAAUCCGACCGCAUUGUUUUCGAUUGCGCCUCUCAUUGCUAAUGGCCAUACGAUUUUAAAUAUGAACCUAUCAAUUGAAUCCACAAAUGGAACAUAUAUACAUUUAAAGACUUGAUAAAACGAACAAAAAAGAUUUUAACACAAACAAGUUAUGAGACCAACAUGUUAUAAUAAAUAAAAUUGUUAAAUUACCUGGAUAGAGCUUAAUUUUUUUUUUAUUUGAAAGAAAAACAAAACAAAUAUUAGAUGCCAAUGAACGACCAAUGACCAAUUCUAAACUGACUAUUCGAGAGAUACAUUUCUCCAACACACUGAACACAAAUAUUGCGAACCGAAAUGAAUCGUGUCAAACAAAGAACUCGCUCAUGACUAUUUUUUUCCUCAUUUCCAUUCAUAUUUAUAUACAUAUAUAUAUAUAUAUAUUUUAUAAUAACAUUUAUAUAUAAAGAUAUAUAUAUGAUACUAUAAAAUCCUUUAAUGAUUACAAAAGGACUAUCUUAAGACAUGCAACACUCACAAUUGCAUUUCAAUUCACACUAUUGAUGAAUGCCAAUCAACCAUUCUUGAACAAUGGAUUCGUUGUUCAACCAACAAAUUUAAUGAAACACAUACAUACAUAUAAUACAUCUCAAAUGCAAAUGCAAAUAUUAAAUUAUAAUAUAUAUUUUUUAAAUGUAAGGUCCAUGAAAUGAGAAAGAAAAAAACAAAUAUAUGUAUGAAUAUAACACAAACCUCUAAAUAUAUAUUUAUUGGGCACGAUUUUAAUGCACACCAUCACCGUAUGGACUGUAUGGACAUGAUGCAACAACAAUUUAUUUAUCUAUGUAUAUUUAUGUGAUAAACACAUCCAUUAAAUAUAUGCUAUUACCUGUAUGUUGAAUGUAAAAUUAAUGUAUUUUCGAAUAUUUAAAUAAAUGAAAGAUUCAAAUUCACACACCAA